AUGUUUAGAUAUUCUAAAACAUUGGGAAAGUCUAAAGUUAGCCGUAUUAAAUCCUUAUUACGGUCAUCAGGCGUGCCCUUUAGAGGUGCAACAGCUAUUAAACGGACCUCGUAUUGCGGAGAUGUUCAACAAGUUGCAUUCCUGAAGACUAGUUCCGUUACCAAAGAUCUAUCUGAUUUAGGAUUUUCAAAAUCUAGUCAAGCUUCUAUAUCUCCCGAUUUUACACCAUUUGAUGCUUCGAAUGCUACAUUUGAAGCUAUUGAGCGUAGCAAUGUGAUGAACUUGUGGUCGCUCCUUGAAGCUUGUUUAACAGCAGGCUACCUGGAUAGGGCAUUCUCCAUAUUGCAAUCGUUAUAUGAUUUACCUUCACAUAGGGCUUACUUUAUUACUGACUACAACAAGUAUUUAUUUCGAUGUUGUCAAGAUUUUCAAUCUGUAGAACCUAUGAGAAAAAAGUUGUACUCAGAUCUCCAUAAUCAUUUUCCAAAAUGUAAUUAUGAUGACAGGACACUAGCAAUACUAAUACACUAUGCUAUACGUGUUUCCAAGAAUGAUACAGCACUGAAAACAGAUUUGACUACAUUUCUCUGCAUGACCGGUGGAAGUGUAAGGUCUAUUAUGAAAAAUGCAGAUGUGUUGACUAUUCAAGAUUACACUAAGCUAUGCAAUGAUUUGAAGUGUGUUAAGUUGAAUGAAUUGCCAGAGGCUGUAAGAUCUAUACUAGAAGAGACAAUGUCAUCCAAUGAUUUAGUUUCCGCAGUGGAGCAGCAAUCAACUGGGCUGCUUCAUUUGAAAAGGGAAAAUGAACGGCAUAUCACUGCUACUGAAGGUUUACAGGAAGACAUAAAAAGUGUUGAAAAAGGUGUAACCGAAUUGAUGUCUGUCAAAACCUUUGGUAUGAGAGCUGUAAGGCACAGUUUAUUAGGACUAUCCAUUUCUGACGAACAGCGGAAGAAACUUAACGGCCUAGUUGUUGAUCCACUUCUUAAAACCGUAGUACCUGAGCAUACUAGCAUUGACUUCUUCGAAAUGUAUAAAUCUUUGAAAACAGAUGAAGAGCGGGUUGCGUUUGACAGUUUCCUAGAAGAAUUCAACCAUGAACGUCAGCGAGACUUGGAGAACCGAUCGGUUGAUGCUGCAAAGGAACGCUGGAGACAUGAGUUUGAGGAAGCUAAAACUAGAGGUGGGCUGAACAUUAAAAAAAGCUUAAACGUUAAAUUAUGGGAAUGGUAUAAUGGUAUGUAUCCUUUGGUUCGGGAGGAAGUUAAGCGUUGCAAGGAAUUGGUUAAUUUGAUAGAUACAAAAAAGCCUGUUCAGCAUAGUCCGAAGGAUAAGGCUAGAAUGGAAUACGCCCCAUAUCUGACGUUGCUAAACCCAGAAAAAAUGAGCGUCAUCACGAUUCUUGAACUAUUAAGUUUGAACUCAACGGGUGGUGUAUCAGAAGGUAUGAGAACUGCAAGAGCUGUCAUGGCCAUUGGUAAAGCGGUUGAAAUGGAAUUUAGGUCAGAAGCCCUGCUGAAAAGUGAAAAUCAAAUGUUCAAAGAUGUCAGCAAGAAAUCUCCAGAGUUUAAAAAACUGCUUCAGAUGGCUAAAACUACUUUCCGUAACACCAAAAUUGAACAAUCUAAGGUUUUCUGGCCCUACCAGAUUAGGGCAAAAAUUGGAUCUCUCCUCAUUUCCAUGUUGAUUAACGUAGCUAGGGUUGAAGUUACAGGUAUCGACCCAGUCACAAAGGAAGCCGUAUAUGGCGAAGCUCCUGCAAUUUGUCAUACGUUUCAAUAUAGAACUGGCAGUAAGAUUGGUGUUUUAAAAUUACACAGAUCUUUGACGUACCAAUUAGGUGGAGAAAGAUUGAAUGCAAGUGUCCAGCCGCAACACUUACCCAUGUUAGUGAAGCCAAGACCAUGGACUUCAUGGAAUUCUGGAGGUUACUAUUAUUCACAGUCAACGCUGAUCCGGUCUAAAGAUUCUCCCGAACAGUUAGCUUAUAUCAAGGCAGUUACUGGGAAAGGUGCUGUUAAUAAUAUCUAUCAGGGUUUGAAUGUUCUAGGAGACACAGCUUGGACCGUUAACAAACCAUUAUUUACAAUUUUAUCAAAGAUUUGGAACAGUGGAGAGGAAUACUUGGACAUUCCUCCACAAGAAGAUGACUGUCAGUUGCCACCUAAACCCCCACGGGAAUCAGAUCCCUUAGAGUUGAAAAGAUGGAGAAAUGAUUGCCGUUUUAAAAACAUUGAAUAUAGAGGCAAUAGGGCUAUGAGGUGUGAUUCAAACUAUAAAUUAGAAAUUGCUAGAGCCUUCCUGGGAGAAAAAUUCUAUUUCCCCCAUAAUAUGGAUUUUAGAGGCCGGGCAUACCCCUUGGCUCCCCACUUUAACCACUUGGGUAAUGAUAUGACUAGAGCCCUAUUAAUAUUUUGGCAGGGCAAGAAAUUGGGAGAAGACGGAUUAAACUGGUUGAAGGUUCACUUAGCUAACUUGUAUGGUAUGGAUAAGAAACCCUUUGAAGAUCGUAUCAAAUUCACAGAGGAACAUCUGGAAGAUAUAAAAGACUCUGCAGAAAAUCCACUUCAUGGAAAUGGAUGGUGGAAGAAAGCCGAUAAACCAUGGCAAUGCCUGGCUACUUGUAUGGAACUACGUGAUGCCUAUAAGCUAGAAAAUCCUGAAGACUUUAUUUCACACCAGCCUGUUCAUCAAGAUGGAACUUGUAAUGGUUUACAGCACUACGCAGCAUUAGGUGGUGAUAUCGAAGGUGCUAGACAGGUUAAUUUGGUUCCAAGUGAUCGUCCACAAGAUGUGUAUGCAUUUGUCGCAAAGUUAGUAACUGAAAGACUCACGAAGGCGGCAGCUGCAGGUGACGAGAAAGCUGAACAGUUAAAGGACAUGAUCAAUAGAAAGGUUGUCAAGAGGACUGUUAUGACAAACGUAUAUGGUGUCACCUUUGUGGGAGCUAGUCAACAGAUUGAUAAGGAGUUACGCGAGGCAUUUCCUGAUAAGAAUGAAUCAUACGACAUGGCAAGAUACCUAACAAGACAUGUAUUUGCAAGUAUCCGUGAAUUAUUUCAUGCUGCUCACUUAAUCCAAGAUUGGCUGGCAGAGAGUGCUAAAAAAAUCUCAAAGUCUGUCAGACUAGAUUUGGAGAUUGAAAAAGGCAAAAAAUUAGACAGCUCUUUAAUGAUGACUUCCGUGAUAUGGACGAGCCCUCUUGGGUUGCCUGUUGUCCAACCAUACCGUGACAUCAAGAAGAGACAGAUUACCACUAAUCUACAAACAGUAUUCAUUGCUGAUCCCUUCGCUGUAAAUCCAAUUGACCCUAGAAAACAAAUGGCUGGACUGCCCCCAAACUUCAUUCAUUCUUUAGAUGCUUCUCAUAUGUUGUUAUCUGCUAUUGAGUGUGGUUCCCAGGGUCUACAGUUUGCAGCUGUUCAUGAUUCUUACUGGUCACAUGCAUGCGAUAUUUCAUUGAUGAACAAGACAUUAAGAAACCAGUUUAUAAAAAUGCACGAGGUUGAUCUGAUUCAAAGACUAAAAAAUGAAUUUGACGAGCGUUAUAAGGAUUACUUGGAAGUGAGGCGGAUAAAGAAGUCAUCUGCGUUAGCCCUUGGCAUUACACAGUUGAGGCAAGAACUUUCAGCGAAAUUGGGCAAGCCGCUUACGCUCGCCGAUGAAAUAGCUAUGGAACGAGAACGGAUACAAUUGUUAAGAUCCCCUAAUCCUGAGGACCAAGAUCGUGGUAAAAAAAUGGUUACUACUGUAUCUUUCGUGGAGGGAGAGGAUUAUCAGGACCUAGAAGCACCCACUGGAACCCUAAUUAUGGUCCCAAUGAAAUUCCCUGACAUUCCACCAAAAGGUGAAUUUGAUGUGAAGGAGUUAGUUCACAGUAAAUAUUUCUUCUCCUAG